AUGACUGUUCAUAGAAUCCCUCUUAUCUGCAGUCCUUUGGUGAAUCAAGCCGCACAGUUUGCUCAAUAAUCAUACAGUCAUCUGACAGACUUGAAACUUGCAGAUCAACCAUCUGAAGACUGUGAUUCAGAAGUAGAUGUCUUAAUUGGCAAGGAUUUCUAUUGGUCUUUCUUCACUGGAGACGUGAAACGGGAAGAAUCAGGACCUGUAGCGAGAAAGUCUUACAUGGGUGUUAUCGUGCCUUUGCCCCAAACACUAGGUUCAGAUACUGAUGUUCAUUUAGUCAGAAGCCAUACCUUGUGGCAAGACACCUCCUCAUGUGACGACAGGGUUAAUGAUAAGAGAAUUUACGACCCACUGCUGGAACAAGUGAAAAAAUUCUGGGAGUUAGAAGCUAUUGGCGUGUCAACACAAGAAAAGACAAUGCAUGAGAAGUUCUUGGAUACUAUUUAUCCUUACAACAGCUGCUAUGAAGUCUCUCUUCCUUGGAAAGAACAGCACGUAUUACUUCUUGAUAACUAUGCCCAAGCUGUUUCUCACCUGGCUUCUGUUCUAAAACAUCUAAGAAAGAAUCCUGGAUUGUUUGAAGAGUACAACCACAUCACUGAAGAGCAAUCUUCAUGAGGAAUAAUUGCUGAAGUUAAUCCCGACAUACCAGUCGAAGUUGGUCAUGUUCAUUAUUUACUGCACCAUCCAGUUGUAUGUGAAGAUAAACAGAUGACUAAUAUGAGGAUAGUCUAUGAUGCAUCCACCAAGUUUACUGGUCCAGCAUUGAACAACUGCCUUCAUGCAGGUCCAUUAUUGCUUUCUGAAGUACCCAAUGUUCUCGCGCGUUUCAGGUACCACCUAGUUGUUUUGGUGGCAGGCAUUGAAAAAGCCCUCCUAAUGGUCCAGAUCAAAGAAGCUGACCGAAAUGUUUUCCACUUUGUUCGGGUAGAUGAUACUGAUAGUGAAAAUCCAAACAUUGUUGUGAAAUGUUUCAAUGGAGUUGUAUUUGGUGUUGCAAGUUCUCCCUUUCUGCUGAAUGCAACUAUCAGACAUCACAUGACCAAGUAUGAAGCUAAUGAUCCCCAGUUCAUGAGCAAUUUUCUGACCUCUCUCUAUGUGGAUGACUUAAAUGGGGGAAAGACAGUGUCUCUGAAGCAUUUGGGCUCUACAAAAAAAGAAAGAUCAAGAAUCACAGAAGCUGGAUUCAAUUUAAGUUAGUGGAUGUCAAGUUCCUAGAGGCUCAUGGAAUGGAUUGACAAAGAAGGAGUACCCAUUAAAGAAGUGGUUAAGCUAUCUGAAGAAGACAGUCUGUAUGGACGGACCUAG